AUGUGUGAUGCGUUUAAUGAUGUUGACAUAAAAUUCGUUCCUUUGGCCGAUAUUCGGCCCGGUACGCGGCGUGCCGCUGUUAAAGGCGUUGUCGUUGAGCUUUUGGACGAUCCUCCCCAAAGUGCGACGCAUAUACGUGAUCACCGGUAUCACUAUCGCUUUGCUGAUACUACUGCUUCGGUAGAACUUGCAGUGCCUCACGGAAUCCUUCAGGAUCUGGUGAGCAAGAACUUCAACACACUUAGUGUCUCUGCUGGGCACAACGCAGAGCUUAUCGACCAAGUCGUUUUCCCAUCAAAUGACGGUGGAAGCAGGGCACUUAGGGGAGCUGGUCAGGGGUUCACCGUCAAGGAGUCAGAGGGUGUGACAAUGAACUUUGUCCGUGGCGAACUUCGAAAUAUCGGGUCGGAAUUCGCAGAAGACUCAGACUGGAGCGGAUGGAGUGAGGACAAAAACGAAGAAUCUCUGAAGUGGUUGCUGCAACCUGGUGAUGUACUCGGCAUUCACGUAUCCACCGCGUGGUCACACGGACACAUGGUUAUAGUGCCUAUUGCGGGCAAAAAGCAAGCUAUCUUGAAGCUUGGCAGGCUCGAUACCAACUUUACGUUGGAACCCGACCUCAGCAAGCAAUAUACAUCUUCUAGAGAGUGA